AUGGGGGUGGGGGACUAUAUUCAUUCAAAGGAAGGCGGACCGCCUCGAGCCGCCAAACCCGCGCAGUCACGCCAGCAGCGUGCGGAAUUGGCCAGAGUCGAAAUGCCCCCAACACAACUGGUCGCCCCAGGAGCUGCAGCUACCAACGGCAGAGGGGGACCAUUGGGGUUCCAAAUGCCCCAGUUCCCAAAUCAGCCCCGUAGCUUCUCUACGCAGCCGUUACAGGGCCCGCAACCUCCGCAGGGGCAGUGGGACCGGGGUGUUUUUGACACGGAUGUGGAAGAAAUUGAUGAUUCCACCGUGGCAGGAACAAGCGUCUACGAGGUUGAUGACAGCAAAUCCCAGGCAGCAUUGAGCAAAAAUGUGCCUUACGCAAAUGCUGAUCCACAACCCUUGCACCAACCGAGGCCUGCACGGCAAGCUUAUGGAUCUCAAUGGUACGAACCGAUGGGUGACCAGCCCACGAAGAAGACAGCGUUCGAUUCAGAUGGACUCGAGGAUUUCGGCAGUCAAAUCACGUCGUCUUUGGGAGGGGAUGGCGGAGAUGACGAAAAAACCGACGAACCAGCCGGUUGGUCACACAAGCCCCGUAUGGCCGAAGAGCCCCUGAGCAAGCGCCUAGAGAAAUUUUGGUCUUCAACCAGAAAGCGGACAUCUUCACCCCAGCCUGUCAUGGCAAGCUCUGACCCGGAGCCUCCAGUUGAGUCGCAGCCCAAGCCCAAGCCACGGAAACUGGGUCAAAUGCUUCCUUCGACCGGCCCCAGGAAAGUUGUGCUUCCCCAAAAUACUUCAUCAACACCUAGGACGCGAUUCAGUCCACCCAAACCUUCACUUCUUGAACAGCUUGACAAGAAACUUGAGAAAUCACCCACACGCCACCCGCAACCUCUACCUGAACUCGCCCAGUCACCCAGCAUCUCGUAUUUCCCGGAUCACAUUGACAGUGACGGCGGAAGCGAUGAUGGUAUGGAACCUACCAUCCGCGCAGACGGUAGAAGAGAAGUCAGUCGUUCAACCAAUGCCUUUGACAUGACUAGCUUAACCGACUUGGAUGUCGACGACACCAUCCAUGAUCCCUUUUUUGCGCACGACCUGGACGAGUCUCAAGAUCCGCACGAAUCACACGAACCACGCGAACCACAAGAAAUGCAUGAAAUGCAUGAACCUCACGAACUCCGCGGAGCGCCCGAGUCCUCAACCCGAACUCGCCGCAACACUAUCAUACACAACAAAAAGCGUCCACUUGAAGCUGACUACCCCCCUGAGGUGCUCUACCAAAAGUCAUUCUCAGAGCUGCAAGCCGAACCAUUCGACAAGGCUCCUCCUCCACUUCCUGCUAAAUCACCACCCUUGCCGCCCAAACCAACUUUCAUCCCGGAUGAUCAUGAGCCCAAAAAUGCUGUGUCUGACUUGUUGAAUUUGACCGCCCAAGAACGCCAGACCUAUCUGUCCCAGAUGAGCCUGUAUGAAUGGGAAGACUGCGGGGAUCAAGUGAUUGACCGAUUUACCCAUCUUCUCUCAGAAAUGAGGAACCUGAGGCGUGCUCGCCGCCAAACAGCUGCUGUGUUUGAAAGCGAAGUGAAACGUCGACACGACCAAGUUGAAUCUCAGAACACGGAACUGACGAACAAGUUGACGGAGAUGAGAAGUGGCGGUGCAGAGGUCCUCCGUGGGCGUUACCCUUGA